CUGUCCGGCUGUCCCUUGUCGAUCUCUUUUUAUAUAUGUCAUCGGUAAUCCACAGCACUACUCUGAUUAUAUGCAUACAUGGCGAUUGGUUUCUGCUGAUCAACCACUUGCUUGCUUGCAUUGGCGAUAGAGCUAAUAGCUGGAUCAACCUAGUGUGAAACAAACCCGAUCGAGUUGGAGUGGAGAUCGAUCUCUCAGCGCCAUGAGCUCCUCCCGAGUGCGAGUUCUCAACGUCUGCCAUGUCCUCCCAGCUGCCGGAGCAGAUGAAGCCGCCUCACCUCAUCGUCAACCCCUCCCUUACGACCGCCUUCUGAAGCUCUCCUUCAUGGACUGCUUGUUCGUCGGGGUGGUCCCCAUGCAGCGGCUCUUCUUCUACGAAGGCCCCGGCGUCCCGCCCUUCCGGUGCCUCGUCCAGUCCCUGCGGUCCUCCCUCGCCGCCGCGCUCGGCGACUUCCUCCCGCUCGCCGGUAAGCUCGACUACCGCCCGUCGGCGGCAGGUGGCCUUGUCGUGGACUGCUCGCCGGCCGCCGUUUCCCCUGGAGUUAGGUUCGUGGAGGCCCAGUACGACGGCAGGAUCGGCGACAUGCGCCGCCUGGCCUGUGGCGAGGAGCACGACCCGGAGGCACUGGUGCGGCUCGGGCCCGAGCUGGAGGUCGGCCGCCUGCCCGCCCCUGUGCUCGCCGUGCAGGUCACGCGGCCGGCCGCCGGCGACGGUGGCGUGGUGGUCGGGGUGUCCGUCCACCACGCCGUGGCCGACGGCCACUCGGUGUGGCAGUUCAUGAGGGCAUGGUCCGCCGUAUCGCGGUCGUCCGCGUCCCAAGGUCUCGCGCUGCGGCCGACGUUUGACCGGGCGAAGAUCCGGCACCCGGAAGCUGAGGAGCUGGCGCGCAGGUUCUUGCAAACGAUUGCGCCGGCGCUUCCUACGGUCAGGUCGUCGCCGUGCCGCCCCACGCUGGCGCUGGACCGGCGGCGAAGGAGCUUUCUGAUACGCGCCGAUCAGAUCCAGUCGGUGAAGGAGCGCAUAAUGGCACAGAGCGUGGCCAUCGGCGAGCAGCUGGAAAAGCUUCCGAGCACCUACGUCGCGGUGUCGUCGUUGGUGUGGACGUCCAUCGUGCGCGCUAAGUCCCUGGACCACGGCGAGGGCAGCGGCGACGCCUGCUACUUCCUGGUGCCGGUGGACUGCCGGCGCCACCUGCCGGGCGCCGGCGAAGGCUACUUCGGGAACUGCCUCUCCCUGUCGUACGCGAAGGCCGCCGCGCGCGACCUAACGGAACCCGACGCCGGGGUCGCGCACGCGGCCGCGGCCAUCCGCGACGCCGCCCGGGAGAAGCUCGCCAACCCGCUGCGCGGCGCCGAGCGCUGGGCCGAGGCCUACGCGGGGAUGCCCCGCGAGAGGUUCACGCCGACCGGGUCGUCCGACAGGUUCAUGGCGUACGAGACGGACAUGGGUUGGGGCGCCCCGAGCCUGGUUGAGCUCGUGUCGCCGUCCGACAGGGGGAUGGUGCUGCUUCUGGGUGCGCCGAACGGCGGCGUGCAGGUGACCGUGGACCUCGACGGCGUGCACAUGGACCACUUUGCGGCAAACUUCCUACAGGUUUAAUGAUUCCGUGUUAGUGGAGGUUUCACAAGUGUUUCAUGACAUUAAAUUUUUAUGCUAAAUCAGUAAAUUUUCUGAUAUAGCAAGGUUAGAAGGAGAGAGGAGGUGAAGUUUCAUAGGAGUUUCAUCCCAUGAUACUCCUCCGGCGCAGUUAUCAAGUUCCUAAUUUUUUAACUGUGUAGAAAUUUUUCUCUGAUAGAAAUUUUUUUAGACCUGUGUCAGUGGGGGUUCAUAAGGGGUUUCAUGAGCAUUAAAUAGCAAUGCCAUAUUAGCAAAUUUGUUGACAUGGUAGGGUCAUUAAGAGAAAAGAGGAGGGGGAAUUUGAUAGAA